GAUCAAUUUUCAUCUUUUCCCCUUUCAUCUGUUUCUUCAAAACAACAAUUUUUGGGCGAUGGAAAUUGCAGAGAAAGAGGAAUAAGGCUUAAAUUGGGGUUUGUGUAGGGUUUUAGAGAGAAGGAGGGAAUCAAUUACCGAAGAAACAGCGAUGGCCACACAUACAAAAUCGAGUAAUUUAUCGAAACUGAAGCCCGGAGUUGGAGAUGCCCCUUCUUCUUCAAAACCUAGAAUCGAUUCAUCUGCAUCGAAAAAGAAAAUUAUUGGGGGAUCAAUCAUGAAUUCUGCAGCUGAUUCCAAAAAUAGAUCCAUCUUCAGCUCCGGCUCUAAAAUGACGAAGAAAACGCCUACUCAAACGAAAGAUGGUAAGAAAACUGUGACUAGAACCAGAGAGAAGAAAGUGUAUUCUUUGGCUGGCCAGAAAUUUGAUGUUCCUGAAGAGCGGGAGCCAUUGAGGAUAUUUUAUGAAUCGUUGUCUAAGCAGAUUCCUUCUAGUGAAAUGGCUGAGUUUUGGUUGAUGGAACACGGCAUGCUGUCACCUGAGAGGGCAAGAAAAGCUCACGAGAAGAAGCAGAGGAAGCAAAAGCAGCUGCGAUCGGGCACUCCCAUAAAAUCUCCACCGCCCUCCACAUCAAGUAGACCCGAUAGCUCCAAGAAGCCUCAGCUAGUUCCCAAGAAUGGUGACGUAAAAGCAAAGAAGCGGAUAAUGGAAGACAGCGAUGACGAUGAUGAUUUCGUGCUAAGCCACAAGAGGAGAAAAGGUUAAACAAACCAUACUCAAAAAGCCAUCUGUUUGUACAACAAUUACAGCUCCAGCCUUCAGGUACACUUAGACAACCAUCAUAAACUAUGAAAAAAACGACGAAUUUGACACAUUCUUUCACUUCUGGAUCAAACAAUAAAGUUGUUGUAACUUGUAGCAGCCUUCACAUUUCAAAUUGUAAUCCGAUUAUACACCAAAUUUGUGCCUGUUUAUGGAUCUUGAUCUUGAAUUUAUCAUAUACUACUAUACGUUACAUUCGACU